GGCCUGCGCUAACCGUUACGGACGCUGAGCGGCGGCGCGCGGCCCACGCCGGCAGUCGCUCCCAAAGCCCCGGGCGCAGCGUCGGCCUUCCGGUGGGGGGCAGCCCGUACAUUGUGAUUGCUCCCUUCCCCGUGCCGGGCGAGAAUCGUGCUUGGAGAAGAUGGAAGGGGAGAAGCGGCCGGCGCCCUACGAGGGCCUGUUUGCGGACGGGCACCUGGUCCUGUGGACUCUGUGCUCGGUGCUACUGCCGGUGUUCAUCACCUUCUGGUGCAGCCUCCAGCGGUCGCGCCGGCAGCUGCACCGCAGGGACAUCUUCCGGAAGAGCAAGCACGGGUGGCGCGACACGGACCUGUUCAGCCAUCCCACCUACUGCUGCGUGUGCGCGCAGCACAUCCUGCAGGGCGCCUUCUGCGACUGCUGCGGGCUGCGCGUGGACGAGGGCUGCCUCAAGAAGGCCGACAAGCGCUUCCAGUGCAAGGAGAUCAUGCUCAAGAGUGACAGCAAGGCCCUGGACGCCAUGCAGCACCACUGGAUUCGGGGCAACGUCCCCCUGUGCAGUUACUGCGUGGUUUGCAAGCAGCAGUGCGGCAGUCAACCCAAGCUCUGCGACUACAGGUGCAUUUGGUGUCAGAAAACAGUACAUGAUGAAUGCAUGAAAAACAGCUUAAAGAAUGAAAAGUGUGAUUUUGGAGAAUUCAAAAACCUCAUCAUUCCACCAGGUUAUUUAACCUCUAUUAAUCAGAUGCGUAAAGACAAAAAAACGGAUUAUGCAAUGCUAGCCUCGAAGCUUGGAAAGCAAUGGACUCCGUUAAUAAUCCUGGCCAACUCUCGCAGUGGAACUAACAUGGGAGAAGGACUGUUGGGAGAAUUUAGGAUCCUCCUAAAUCCAGUCCAGGUUUUUGAUGUAACUAAAACUCCCCCUGUCAAAGCGCUGCAACUUUGUACUCUUCUUCCCUAUUACUCAGCUCGAGUACUUGUUUGUGGUGGGGAUGGGACUGUGGGCUGGGUCCUGGAUGCAGUUGAUGAAAUGAAGAUUAAGGGACAAGAGAAGUACAUUCCACAGGUUGCAGUCUUGCCUCUGGGAACAGGCAACGAUCUGUCCAAUACCUUGGGCUGGGGUACAGGUUACGCAGGAGAAAUCCCAGUCGCACAAGUCUUAAGAAAUGUGAUGGAAGCAGAUGGAAUUAAACUAGACAGAUGGAAAGUUCAAGUAACAAAUAAAGGCUACUACAACUUAAGAAAACCCAAGGAAUUCACAAUGAACAACUAUUUUUCUGUUGGACCUGAUGCUCUUAUGGCUCUCAAUUUUCACGCUCAUCGUGAGAAGGCACCAUCUCUGUUUUCUAGCAGAAUUCUUAAUAAGGCUGUGUACUUAUUUUAUGGAACCAAAGAUUGCUUAGUGCAAGAAUGUAAAGAUUUGAAUAAAAAAGUUGAGCUAGAACUGGAUGGUGAGCGAGUAGAGCUGCCGAAUUUGGAAGGUAUUAUAGUUCUGAACAUUGGCUACUGGGGCGGUGGCUGCAGACUGUGGGAAGGGAUGGGAGACGAGACUUACCCUCUUGCCAGGCACGAUGAUGGUUUACUCGAAGUCGUUGGAGUAUAUGGGUCUUUCCACUGUGCUCAGAUUCAAGUGAAACUGGCAAAUCCUUUUCGAAUAGGACAAGCACACACGGUGCGGCUGAUACUGAAGUGUUCGAUGAUGCCAAUGCAGGUAGAUGGGGAGCCGUGGGCCCAAGGGCCCUGCAUCGUCACCAUAACCCACAAGACACAUGCACUGAUGCUGUAUUUCUCUGGAGAGCAAACAGAUGAUGACAUCUCUAGUACUUCGGAUCCAGAGGACACGAAGGAAACUGAGUAGGUGGAUGAGGAAAUGAGAACUUAGUACAGAAUCCUCACAAAUGAGUAGAUGCGUAUUCCUCCAUAAUAGAACUUCUCUGUCAUCUAGUUUAGUCUUCGUUUCAUCAGUAGUGUGAUGGGUAUACAUUUAUGUAAAUAGCAUUCCAAGAACAGCCAGACUUCAGUUGUUUUCAGAUGCCUGGUCUUUUUUCAGCAAGUGCUUUGGUCAUAUAGCACUAACUGUUAAAAGUCCCAGAACAUCCCAAGAAGGCUUUAUGUCUGAGUGGGUGCACUGAAGUCUGUACUCUCGUUCCUUAUUCUUGCACCACACAGUUGAUGGACACAUACAUCCGACAAGACAUGGGUGGAGGAAAAAUCAUUUCCAUCUUAAUUGAUAAUGUGAUGAUACCAUAACAUUUAAAAAAUGACUUGUUGUUUUGAAAGGAGAUGGUGGUGUCAGACGGCAUGGUUCGUGCUGGCCGUCCUCUGCAGCUGCCUCUUAAUAAGGUCUUCUCCAGCCCAGCACCAAAUGGGUCCCUAAGUGUCUAAUUCCAGGAACCCUAAAAGGAGAGGUGUAAAAGAAAGACAGUAUUUAAAGUUUUUAUUUGAAGUUUCCUUUUAGGAGCGUUUUCCGUCCCCUAGUGUUGUUUGGUUACCUCUGUUAGUGAUCAAGUUGAACCAAAAUUCAGCAUCUUGUUUAUAUCCCACUAUAGCCAAAAGCAAACCACGUAGGUGAAUUGUAAAAGUUAACAUUCAGAGCACUUUGGAUUGCAAGUUACAGGUUUCGAGCUGGAUGGUUCAACAACUUCCCUUUUGAGUAAAAGACAAUGUCAACAAUUCAAAAACAUGUCCUAAAGAAAAUUUACUAGUCAGAUUAAUUGCUCAAAAAAGUUCAGUAUUGAUUGGUAAGUUUUUAAAAUGUAGUGGUCUUGUAGUAUUUUGAAAUAGAGUAGUCUUUUAUAUCCAAAGUACUUAACAGAAUUUCCCCUUGGGGAAGUGGACAGAAUCAUCUGCUAAAAUGUUUAUAUCUUAUUUAUUUUAAAAUGAGAGAUUUAUUUUUUUUACUUAUUUAUUUUCUUCGUUGUGGUAUACCUGUGUUUAGUGUUUACAAUAUAUUGUUUUAUUUGGUAAACUGAUCGCAUAAAUACUGUUACUCACAAUCAGAUAGACAUGCAGUCCAUUGAUUAAUAAUUAAAAUGUGUAAUUUAAUUAUCCUGGCAGUAUAUUAUUGAGAUAUUCUCAUUCUUCAGAAAUAUUCCUCUGUUUUUAAAAACAGAAGGGGAUUUAAAGCACUGGCAAACUACUUUUGGGUAGCUGAAGUUGUUUCAGUAUUUUAUCUGACCCUCAAUUGCCAAAAACGUACCGCAGGGCUGACUCAUGGUUCGCCUGGGAGCCGGCUCCCCUCCUACUUGCCACCCUGCUCCCCAGGUCUGCAGCUGGUCCUCCCUGGGGGGCCUCCAGCCUGGGGUUUUUAUGACAAAUGGCCCACUUGUGAGCGUGGUGGUCUUUAAUGACACUAACCUCUGAAAGAUUAGAAAGUAUCCCGCAAGACACCAUUGGCUCCUCUAAAGGAUUUGUUAUGAAUCUACCGUCUAUUAUAAAGCGCCAUAAACUUAAGUUUCCGUCACCUUCGGGCUCAGGCCGUAUUUUGAAGGAACAACUAAGUAAGUAGAGUAUACAGCAGUCAGUGCACUAUAUAGAAUAUUUUUAUUUUGCUUAAAUUAACCUCUUCCAGAUCUCAGUGGGAGAAGAAGCUCAGUUCUAGUACUGAAAGAUUUUGUGAGCAGAUCUGUUUUCACCUUGUUGAUACACCUCUCACAGUAGGCUACCUGUUGAGGUGGAGGGAGAGUUUGUAGAUUUUCUUUCAUGGGCUGAUCAUGUUUUGAGUAUAAUGAGUUUCGUUCUUUAAUUCAUGGUCAGAAUUGUUACAGGCAUCACAUUUUACAAAUACACUGUUAAUUCAUUUUGCUUAGGCUAUAUUUUAUCUAUAAUUCAUAGUGCUAAUUAUACAAUCAAAGUAAAUAGUUAAUAUGGGAUACCAAAAUAACUGUGUAGUUUUUUUAAUUGUUAAAACUGUACUCUAACCAUAAUGUUACAUUGGAUUUAGAACAGGUUUUUUUUAAAAAAAAAAAAAAGUUUAUAUACAACACUCAUUUAUUUAAAAACAAAUUGGUUUUUCAAUUUUCAUAAUCCAGUGAAGUUUUCUCCCUAUUUGACACUUUAUGAAGUUUUUCUUACCUUAUUCUCUCAUUCAGAUUUAAUUUUUAUUAGGAAAGUUAUUUCAGAAUACCAUAUCAUAAAACAUACUAUCUUAUUUUAGAAAAAUCCACUAAUUUUUAGGCACAUUUACCCAGCAUUUCAAAUAAAUGUAGAGGCAUGUGCCUUGUUUUAAGUAAGUACAAUUUACAAGACUAAUGUUUGCAAGUUACAUAUUAGGAUAGCCGUUGUUGACAUUACCAGGGAUUCUGCACUUUACAAAAAAUAAUUUGCCACAGGAUGUUUCUGUUCCAUUUUAAACUGUCUUGAUUUUUUAAAAAAUAAUAACUUCUACAUUCUCAGGAAGAAAUAUAUGAAGUAAAGCACGUCUCCAUGUCUGUUUUCAGACUUCUCCCAUCUUUUGCUGUCCUAAUACAUUCCUGACUCCUCACAAGCCCAGUAUCUUAAAUACUGAAUACCUGGCAGCUCUUAUGGGUCCCAUAAGUAGAUGGUGAUAAUUUUCAGUGCUUUGUUAUGUUUAAUAGAAAUCAAAACUGACCUGUUUUUAAAUACAGGUUGUCUGAUGGUAAGAUUACAUGAUCUGAAAUGUGUCUUAGGUUUUCUGCAACAAUUUAGCUGUGAACCCUUAAUGUAGCUAAUGUUUAUAAAAAUUUUAUGGUCAAAAUUAUUUAUUUUUAUUUUUUUAGGAUGUGUCAGAAACGUGUAGUAUUUGCUUUUUGAAACAUGUUUGCCUACUUAGAGCUAGAAAAUGUACUGUGACUCAGAAAUUGUAAUCAGUCCUUUUUGCACUGUAAAAAUGAAUAUUACCAGCAUGUCAAAAGAAAAAUAGCGUGCAUUUGUAAUACAAGGUAAAAUUGUAUUUAAUGUACAGUAUGGAAUUUAAAAUUUGCACUAUCUAGGAAGCUGUAAAGGUUAUAUUAAUUUACAGAUUCAUGUGGAUCCAAAAAUGUCAUUUGUAUGUAUUCAGCUGAAAAGGUCAAAAGGUUUUUUCCCUCGAAAUGAUAAUACUGAAACACGAACCAGCAAUUUAUAUUCAGACUUUUUUUAAUUCUGCCUAAUUUGGGACAAUGAAACAUAGGUAGAUUUAUUUUUUAAAAAAUCUAGAAAUGUAAAAAGAAAAAGUAGUAGUGUUGUUACUCUAUCCCAAUCUGAAUGAAGAUGUAGUCUCAGAGACAAGACAAAAGAGGUUGUUUUGGUUUUGCUUUUUAAAAGUAUGCCCCUGCCUUCUGCAAAUUUUCCCUUCAAGGCUUAUCUCCUGUUUCUCAAAGUAUGAUCUGCAGUCUGUCUG